GCGUGGUUUUGUGAAGUCAGUUCCGGUCGGUGUAAAACCCCCGGGGCGGCGGCGAACUAGCUUCAGAUGCUUCUGGGUCGCGGUGGGAAAAGCGCUGGGAUCUGUGUGCGUGAACCUGGGAGCGCUGCGCUAGAGGCGAGCGGCGAGGGAUGGCGGCCACCGGGACCGCGGUCAUCGCUGUCACAGGCAGGCUCCUGCUCCUGCUGCUGCUCGGGCUCACGGCGCCCGCUGCGGCGCUGGCCGGCUACAUCGAGGCUGUUGCAGCCAAUGCUGGAACAGGAUUUGCUGUUGCCGAGCCUCAGAUUGCAAUGUUUUGUGGGAAGUUAAAUAUGCAUGUGAACAUUCAGACUGGGAAAUGGGAACCCGACCCAUCUGGCACCAAGAGCUGCUUUGGAACAAAAGAAGAGGUUCUUCAGUACUGUCAGGAGAUGUAUCCUGAGCUGCAGAUCACCAACGUGAUGGAAGCAAACCAGCCAGUUAAUGUUGACAACUGGUGCCGGAGGGACAAAAAACAAUGCAAGAGUCACAUCGUUAUACCUUUCAAGUGUCUUGUGGGUAAAUUUGUAAGUGAUGUUCUGCUAGUUCCAGAAAAGUGCCAGUUUUUCCACAGAGAGAGGAUGGAGGUGUGUGAGAAUCAUCACCACUGGCAAACGGAAGUGGAAGAGGUGUGCUUGACUCAGGGAAUGACCUUGUAUAGUUUUGGCAUGCUGCUGCCCUGUGGGGUAGACCAGUUCCAUGGCACUGAAUAUGUAUGCUGCCCUCCGACAAAGAUUAGUGACUCUGGUGACUCUCUCGUGUCGAAAGAAGAGGAGGAUGAGGAUGAGGAUGACAAUGAGGAUGAAGAGGAAGACUAUGAUAUUUAUAAAAGUGAAUUUCCUACCGAACCAGAUUUGGAAGACUUCACAGAAGCAGCUGUGGAUGAGGAGGAGGAGGAAGAUGAAGAGGAAGGGGAGGAAGUGGUGGAAGACCGUGAUUAUUACUAUGACGCCUUUAAAGGAGAUGACUACAAUACGGAGAACCCCACUGAGCCCAGCAGCCGCGGUGCUAUUUCAGACAAGGAAAUUGCUCAUGAUGUUAAAGCUGUCUGCUCCCAGGAGGCGAUGACGGGGCCCUGCCGGGCCGUGAUGCCUCGUUGGUACUUCGACCUCUCCAAGGGAAAGUGCGUGCGCUUUAUAUAUGGCGGCUGCGGCGGCAACAGGAACAAUUUUGAGUCUGAGGAUUAUUGUAUGGCUGUGUGUAAAGCGAUGAUUCCCCCAACUCCUCUGCCAACCAAUGAUGUUGAUGUGUAUUUCGAGACUGCUGCAGAUGACAAUGAACAUGCUAGAUUCCAGAAGGCUAAGGAACAGCUAGAAAUUCGACACCGCAACCGAAUGGAUAGGGUAAAGAAGGAAUGGGAAGAGGCAGAACUUCAAGCCAAGAACCUCCCCAAAACAGAGCGGCAGACCCUCAUUCAGCACUUCCAAGCUAUGGUUAAAGCUUUAGAGAAGGAGGCAGCCAGCGAGAAGCAGCAGCUUGUGGAAACCCACCUGGCUCGAGUGGAAGCCAUGCUGAACGACCGCCGGCGGAUGGCGCUGGAGAACUACCUGGCAGCCCUGCAGUCCGACCCUCCGCGGCCUCAUCGAAUUCUCCAGGCCUUGCGGCGCUAUGUCCGUGCUGAGAACAAAGAUCGUCUGCAUACCAUUCGUCAUUAUCAGCAUGUGCUGGCUGUUGACCCAGAAAAAGCAGCCCAGAUGAAAUCCCAGGUCAUGACCCAUCUCCAUGUGAUCGAAGAAAGGAGGAACCAGAGCCUCUCUCUGCUCUACAAAGUGCCAUAUGUAGCCCAGGAAAUCCAAGCAGAAAUUGAUGAGCUCCUUCAGGAGCAGCGAGCAGACAUGGACCAGUUCACUGCCUCCAUCUCAGAGAGCCCCGUGGAUGUCCGGGUGAGCUCUGAGGAGAGCGAAGAGUUCCCGCCAUUCCACUCUUUCCAUCCCUUCCCACCCCUGCCUGAGAAUGAAGACACUCAGCCGGAGUUGUACCACCCAGUGAAGACAGGGUCAGGAGUGGGAGAGCAGGACCGAGGCCUGAUGGGUGCAGAGGAGAAAGUGAUUAACAGUAAGAAUAAAGUGGAUGAAAACCUGGUUGUCGAUGAGACUCUGGAUGUGAAGGAGAUGAUUUUCAACGCAGAGAGAGUUGGAGGCCUUGAAGGAGAGCCGGAGUCUGUGCGACCUGUGCGGGAAGACUUCAGUCUGAGCAGCAGCGCCCUGAUCGGCCUGCUGGUCAUCGCAGUGGCCAUCGCCACAGUCAUCGUCAUCAGCCUGGUGAUGCUGAGGAAGAGGCAGUAUGGCACCAUCAGCCACGGGAUUGUGGAGGUCGACCCCAUGCUCACCCCAGAAGAGCGCCACCUGAGCAAGAUGCAGAACCACGGCUAUGAAAACCCCACGUACAAGUACCUGGAGCAGAUGCAGAUCUGAGUGGCAGGAAGCGUGAGGCACCCGUCCGAAGCCAGCGUGGGCGGGGAGAGGAGUUCAGGUUCCAGACCCCCGGCUGGCCGCCAGGACCACCCGAAGGUCUCGUCUUACAUCCAGGCCACCUGGCUCUUUAAGACUGUAAAGUACUACUGUAGAAUUGCAACUUCCAUUCUUUUAAAUGGGUGAAAAUGUUAAUAUAACAAUAUAUGAUAUAUAAACCUUAAGUGAAAAAAUGAUCUAUUGCAGAUAUCUGAAGGAUGUAGUUUUCUUUUUUAAGUUAAUCAGAAACCCCACUUCUAUUGUAUUGUUUCACACAUGCUCUAUAUAAAUGGAAAUGUUGAUUUUUUUUUUAAUGAUAGAUUGUAUAUGCAGGCUAUUUGUUCCAGUUACAGUGUACAAAUCAACUCUAGGCUCAUUCACUGUCCUAGUUUAUAUUUUAAAAAAAAAAAAGUAAAGACACAGUAUUCCCUUUUUAAACUUCAAGAGAGUUGUUGAGAAACAAGUGGAAUGGGGAACCAGGAAUGGCCCGCAGACACCGUGUUCCUCGGGCCGAGUGCUGUUACCGGAGCGCUCUCGACACCCCUGCUUCCGCCCUGGCCCGCCGCGGCCUCCUGUUCUCCCAUCUUCCGGCAAGCCUGCUGCACACAAGUGAGGUGUCCAGGGCUGCUCUUGCCGAGUCCAGUUCUUCCACAGCAGCCAGCCUGUAGUUUGUGUCUGAUGUUCAUCACUAUUCGUCGGUUAUGUCCUGCGGCAUCUGACUCCCCACUUCCCUUCCCAAGGGCAUCCACACGUGUAGCUCCUUCCUCUUAGGCCGUCUCCCUCCAGGGCCCUGGUGCUGCCUGCCCCGCACCCCUGCUCCGCCAGGCCUGGCCUCUGCUGUGCGGUGAAGACCACAGGAAGGAGCGGCCGAGGGCAGGAGGAGCGGAGCGGCCCUCGCGGAAGGAGGGUGCUCUCCGUGGGUCUGUAGCGCUGCGGGAAGCAUUGGAGAGUUCUGUUUCCUUCACAUGAGUCUCUGUAAUGCUUGUAUAGUUGUUGUUGCUCACAGGUUUUUGUUUUUUCAGUCCUAAAGUUCUGGUAACCAGUGGUGUUUAUUUUGGUUUGUUUUUGCUAAUUUUCUGUAGCUGUCUCUUUCUUUUUCUUCCCCUUCACCCUGUCCAUGUCUCUUCCCACUAUGCACAGAUUAAACUUCACCUACAGACUUCUUAAUAUGAUCUGUGGAGAAUGUACAGUUUAAACACAUAAAUAAACACUUUAACUUCCA